UAACUAUUGCUCAGUUAAGUCGUACGUUGACGUGUGCAAUACAUCAGCUCUUUUUUUUUUUAAAUAUCUUUUUCUUAUCAUUAUCUUUUUUUUUUCUUUUUGAACGCUACACUCUUUGCUCAGCAAAUUAAGUGCAUUUUUUUAAGGAUUAUUUUUAUUGUUUUUUUUUUUUUUUUGUAACUUGAACAGUGUACGAAAUAAUCGCAUAUCAUAAUGAGUCAGUUCACUGUGUACACCAUUUUUGUCGCUGCAUUCUUUGCCUCUGCCAAUGCUCAAUUUAAAUGUCCGAAACCGAAUGGACAAUUUGAGGACGAUAUUCAAUGCGAUAAAUAUUAUGAAUGUGAUGACGGCGUCGCUAAAGAGAAACUAUGCCCUGAUGGAUUAGUAUUUGAUCCAUUGAUACGUCGUAUUAAUAAGUGUGAACAACCUUUCAAUGUGGAUUGCGGUGAUCGUAUCGAAUUACAGCCUCCAAAAUCAACGAAAUUUUGUCCACGCAAAAAUGGUUUCUAUGCUCAUCCAGAUGCAGCCGUAUGCGAUAUCUUUUACAAUUGCAUCGAUGGCGAUGCACUCGAAAUGAAAUGUACCGUGGGAUUACAUUUCGAUGAGUAUAGCGGCACUUGCGUAUGGCCAGAUACAGCUAAGCGUGAAGGUUGCGGCAUUGUCGAGAAAAAAUCGGCGAGUGGUUUUUCAUGCCCGAAAGAUCAACCGAAAACUGAUGCGCGCGGUCAAGUUGUGACACAUCCAAAAUACGCCCAUCCCACAGAUUGUCAAAAAUUCUACGCAUGUUUAAAUGGCGAGGAUCCACGUGACUUGGGCUGUCAGCUUGGUGAAGUCUUCAAUGAAGAAACCGAAAUGUGCGAUGCUCCUGAAAAUGUGCCUGGCUGCGAAGAUUGGUACAAGGAUACCGACGAUAAGAAACAAUAAAGAGUAAACUCUUCAUUUAUUGUCGAGUGUGACAACGGGGCUGCUGUGUAAAUCAUAGUGUGUGUUGUUCACAUUUAAAAAAUGUUUCAUUUUAAUUGAAUUGAAUUUGUUUUUUUUUAUUUUUUUUUUAUUUUUUUAAUUUUUUAAAUUUUUUUUUUUUUUUUUUUUUUUCUUUAUAUUUUUCCAAAAUAUAGUCAUUUAGGAGUAUUCCUAUAGUAUGUAAAAGUUGAAA